AUGAAACUCACUGCACUGCUAUCAAUCGCUGCGAUCGGCGCAACAGCCUCAGCACACCUCCUGCACAGACAGGACAGCCUUGGGGAGUCGUCCGAGCAGUGCCUCCAGAAUGAGUGCAGCAGCUUGUACAGCGCAGUACGGAAUGACUGCUACAGCGACUCAGACAGUAUCGAUAACAUGAGCAACAAGCAGAAACACCAGCUGUACGGCUGUUUCUGCGAUGCUUUCAGAAGCGCGUCGGACGAUUGCAAGACGUGUGCAUCGAACGCUGGGCUGGAUUUCAGCAGCUUGACUAACGAGUACUGCUCGGAGGCUAGCGAUAACUCUAGCCCAAUUACUUCCGUUGCUUCCAUCUCAAAAACCAGCUCAAAACAAUUGCAUAGCUACACAAGCACACACGGAGACUCUUCAAGCUCUUCUCCUACUUCUACUCCUACUUCUACUCCUACUUCUACUCCUACUUCUACUCCUACUCCUUCUCCUCCGCCAUCGGACGGCAACGAAAACGACGACUCUGAACAAGACGGCGAUUCCGGUUCUCUAACUGCGAUCCCAUCAAUUACUUUCAUGGCUUCUGCGCUGGUAUUGGCGAGUGCACUAGCACUCUAA